AUGAAACAGAGUUUGCUUGAUAGUUGGGCGCGAGACGUGGAGGAAGACGGCACGGACACCGGCGCAGCGUACGACACGUGUAACGCGGCAGUCGUGAUGCCGCAGCGUUGCUCAGGCAAAAAACGAGAACGGACGCCGCGUCUCAAGACCGUCUCAUCUGAGGAGGUUUCUGCAGACAACAAUGGUCACAUCGAUGUGGUGGAGCACAGUGGCCGACUUUUGGAGUUUUUGCGCCUGCGUCGGCAGCAGCAGUGCAGCAAUAGGGCCCUCGCCCCCACAGAAGACUCUGGUGGAAACGAUGAAGCUGUAUUCAUCCGGAAGCAGAGUGAAUCGCGCUCAGUGCUGCCCCGUUCCUCUCCCGUAUUUGGAUUGCCGACGUCAGAAAAGGGUGAAACGCAAAGCAUCGGCUACCGAUACGAUGCGGAGUCGCUGAUGCAGGAGACCCCCUCCUUUCUUCGCCCCCAAGUAGCCGUUCGUAGUAUUGCCACACAAACCCAGGCGGAAACGCAGUCAGCUCCCUCAGGGUCAAGCGACCAGAUGACGACUUCCUCCCUAACAAAAGUUGAUCUGCUGAUGCUUCGACUGUGCGAGUUGGAUGUCCUGCUGCACAUAUUCUUUUCCUGA